AUGUGGGCAAGACAUCUAGAGAGAUAGGGGAGAAGUGUCCAGACUAGCUCUCUGAAAGCCCCAAAAGUCUUCAAAGGACACGAUCACAUAAGCCUCUGCUUAAAGCAACCCAUACUCCCGGGGGGAGAGAGAGAGAGAGAGAGAAAGAGAGAGAGAGAGAGAAGAUGGGUCGCGGGAAGGUGGAGCUGAAGCGGAUCGAGAACAAGAUCAGCCGGCAGGUGACGUUCGCGAAGCGCCGCAACGGGCUGCUCAAGAAGGCGUACGAGCUCUCGCUGCUGUGCGACGCCGAGGUUGCGCUCAUCAUCUUCUCCGGCCGCGGCCGCCUCUUCGAGUUCUCCAGCUCAUCAUGUAUGUACAAAACACUCGAGAGAUACCGCAGCUGCAACUACAAUUCACAGGAAGCAAAAUCUCCUCUGGACAGUGAAAUCAAUUACCAGGAGUAUUUGAAGUUGAAGACCAGAGUUGAAUUUCUUCAAACCACACAAAGAAAUAUUCUUGGUGAGGAUCUGGGUCCACUCAGCAUGAAGGAGCUUGAUCAGCUUGAGAACCAAAUAGAGAUAUCUCUGAAACAUAUCAGGUCAAGAAAGAAUCAAGCGUUACUUGAUCAGCUCUUUGAUCUGAAAACUAAGGAGCAAGAAUUGCUGGAUAUUAACAAGAACCUGAGGAAAAAGUGUCAGCUGCAAGAAACCAGUGGAGAGAAUGCACUACAUAAUUCAUGGGAAGGUGGGCAUAGUGGCGCUAGUGGGAAUGCUAUCGAGCCUUACCAGGGAUUCCUUCAGCACCCAGAGAAUGAUUCUUCCCUGCAGAUUGGGUAUCAUCAACAAGCCUACAUGGACCAGCUGAACAAUGAAGACAUGGCGGCGGCUCAUCACCCUAACGAGCACGGCCGAUCUGGAUGGAUAUGACGGAUGCGAUCAGAGAUGGUCCAAUAAGUUGAUGUGUGGCCUCGCAGGAAUUCAUCCUGCAGGAUAUAGUUCCGGUCCUCUAUGUAUUGAACUGCUGCUCUUCAGAGUUCCCAGACAACAAAUUGAACAGGGGAAUAAUUCGAGCACGUAUUGUAUCGUGAAUGUGCAUCGUGGCGUCUCCGGUCACCGUUGUGGGUGCUUGGACCGAGUGUGAUGGUUAACUUAAGACUGCGCGUGUAAAGCGUUUAAACUUUAUACACAUGGUAUUUGUGUGGUAAAGAUUAUUGCUGUGUGGCCUUUUCGAGAAAGAUUACUGCUGUGUGCAAA